GGCGCCCGCUGCGCCAGGUGGUGAAGGUGAGGGGCUUUGUGCGAGCUGGGCACCCCCAGACCCCCCGAGUGCGCUGAGGAGAGGCUUGCCCACCCCUCUGCCCCUCCAGCCCGUCAUCGGUCCGGUUUUACAGCUCAUUUUUCACUCACAAAUCACCCCCCUCUCCCCCCCCCUCCAAGAGGAGCUGUUCUGGUAAACGCAUUUUUCGAGCUGACAUUAUUUUGGCAGCGGGAUUAAAGGGUCGCGUGAGCCCCGUUGGUGAAAAAUGAAGGCUGCUCUCCCCUUGUCUGUCUGGUGAGCUCGGGCCGAUCGCUGUCUUCCUGGAAACGGCUAUCGCUGCGCAUGGGGGCAAGGAUUGGAUGGCUCCGACUUUAUUGCUGCGGUAGUUUACCUAAAGAAAUGAGCACCGAUGGCAUGAAAAGGAUGUUAUUUUCCGGUUCUGUGCUAUCUCACAUUAUCUCCCACUCCUAGUUAAUCUACUAGGAAUGAAACUUCCCGAGUAUGCCACUAUAUAUGGAUGAGAGAGGGUAUCUCUUGUCCUGGAGGCACGACGGCGUAGAGAGAGGGGUCUAUAGGCUGUCAUGUUAACACUAAAUAUCUGAAAUUUUUAUUGCAUACGUUUCCUUUUAAAUUACGAAAGAUUUCAGACUGACCCUGAGAGGCAUUGAUGGCAUACUUUUCUUAGAAUUAAUGAGUUCUUCAUGGAUGCUCACAUACUAUCUUCGUAAACAUAUGGCAGAGCUUUAAAUGGUUGGAGGCAGUAAGCACACAAUGAAUGAGCACCUCCAUGUUGGUAGCCAUGGACAAAUCCAGGUUCAACAGCUGUUUGAAGAUAAUAGUAACAAGAGGACGGUUCUGACAACGCAGCCGAACGGACUUACAACACUAGGCAAAUCUGGAUUGCCAGUGGUUCAGGACAGACAGUCAGAGAGUGCUCACAGACGACAAGGGAGCUCCAGCUCUUUAAAAUCUGCAGAUGGAACAGGGAAGGUGAAAGCCUCUGUUAUGACACCAGAGCAGGCAAUGAAGCAAUACAUGCAAAAAUUAACAGCUUUUGAGCAUCACGAGAUUUUUUGCUACCCUGAAAUAUACUUUUUGGGUCCAAAUGCAAAGAAGCGGCAAGGUGUGAUUGGUGGUCCAAACAAUGGCGGGUACGAUGAUGACCAGGGGUCAUAUGUGCAAGUACCCCACGAUCAUAUUGCGUACAGAUACGAAGUCCUGAAAGUUAUAGGGAAAGGAAGCUUUGGGCAGGUGGUGAAGGCCUACGAUCACAAGAUGCAUCAGCAUGUGGCACUAAAAAUGGUGAGAAACGAAAAGCGUUUCCACCGCCAAGCUGCGGAAGAAAUUAGGAUUCUGGAACACCUCCGGAAACAAGAUAAGGAUAACAACAUGAAUGUUAUUCACAUGUUGGAAAACUUCACAUUCCGCAGCCAUAUCUGCAUGACAUUUGAAUUGCUGAGCAUGAACCUGUACGAAUUAAUAAAGAAAAACAAGUUUCAGGGCUUUAGCCUGCCUUUGGUCCGCAAGUUUGCCCACUCAAUUUUACAGUGCUUGGAUGCUUUGCACAAAAAUAGAAUCAUUCACUGUGACCUUAAACCUGAGAACAUUCUGUUAAAGCAACAGGGUAGAAGUGGUAUUAAAGUGAUCGAUUUUGGCUCAAGUUGUUACGAGCACCAGCGUGUCUACACUUACAUUCAGUCACGUUUUUACCGUGCGCCUGAAGUCAUCCUUGGUGCUCGUUAUGGGAUGCCCAUAGACAUGUGGAGCUUGGGAUGUAUUCUAGCAGAACUUCUCACCGGUUACCCACUUUUGCCUGGAGAAGAUGAAGGAGACCAGCUGGCUUGUAUGAUCGAGCUAUUGGGCAUGCCUUCCCCAAAACUUCUGGAUUCAUCCAAGCGAGCCAAAAACUUUGUGAGCUCUAAGGGUUAUCCCCGCUACUGCACCAUCACAACCUUGUCUGAUGGUUCCGUAAUACUUAACGGUGGACGCUCUCGGAGGGGAAAACUACGCGGCCCGCCAGAGAGCAGAGAAUGGGGUAAUGCAUUAAAGGGAUGUGAUGAUCCCCUCUUCCUUGACUUUUUAAAACAGUGUUUAGAAUGGGAUCCUGCUAUCCGUAUGACACCCAGCCAGGCUUUGCGGCAUCCCUGGCUAAGGAGACGGUUGCCAAAGCCUCCGACUGGGGAGAAAGCCUCGGCGAAGAGAAUUACAGAGAGCACUGGUGCUAUAACAUCGAUUUCCAAGUUACCUCCGACUUCAAGCUCAGCUUCAAAACUGAGGACUAAUUUGGCACAGAUGACAGAUGCCAAUGGGAAUAUUCAGCAAAGAACAGUGUUGCCAAAACUUGUUAGCUGAGUUUGAAAAACCCAAUGCUGUUAAUACAAGAGAUACAAUGUGGCUGAGCCUUAUUUGUAUGAAAAAGUAGCUCAGAUAAUACAUUUUUAUUUGCUCAGUAACUUUAUUCAUUUGUAUCUUUCAGCACUCAUUUUAAAUGUAAGAAAUGUUGAUUUUGUUUUUAUAAAAACACGGGGACAAUGCUUUAAGUUUUUAUACUUAUUUUUUAAAAUGUUUGUCUUCUACAGUACAAUUAGCCUUACUGUAACUAGUGCGACACAGUAAUAAACAUCAGUGGCAGGCCACUGGUUACAACAUGAUUGUCAUGCAUUGCAGCGUGGUGUCAAAGGUAUUAACCUUUCUCUUCCAUGGUUCAUAUUAAGUUUCACCUGGGGUAAAUUCGUAAGGUUCUUCUGGAGUUUACGGGUAUGGGUCUUGAUCCUGCAAACACUAACACCUAUGCCUGACUGGACUCCAGGGAGAAUUCUCAAAGAAAUACAGUUAAGCACCUGCAAACUUGUUAUCUGAAAUGGAGCCAUAGCAUGUUAUAUUGUCAUUUUCUGUAUGGUAGCCCAGAAAAAGUAAUGGUAUCACUUAGUAAAGAUACAGUAACCGCCUGUGGGAUGCUUUCUCUAUUUGACAGUAAUGUUUUUGAUUAAAAUGAUCGUUCAGAUGUAAUGCAAAAAAAAAAAAAGAACUUCUAGGGCUAAAAUAGACUCUCUACUGUACAUGCCAUGUGCUAGAGUGAGAGGAACAGGCCUGAAAGAAUGAAGCUGAAAGUAUGUCUGUUCCUCUAAAUCUGAAAGUAACUGAUGAGUUGCUUCCUAAACCUGAAGUCAGGUAAAGCAAAACAUUCUGGACUUCAUUUCAGGUAUAUAACACUGAGGAUUCACACUGGGUUUCUCUCUGUUUUUUUCUAUUUUCUCUCCUCAUGUGCAGCUUGGCCUCCCUAAAUCACAUAGGCAGAAGUGUUUGUUUUGUCAGUUUUAUACUGUAACUUCCAGACUGUUAAUGCUACAUGAAUUUCACAGGUUGUUUUUAUUUCUUCUGACAACGUUUGUCUGAGCGAUUGUGACCUCUCUGGUACAUUUACACUUAGAUCAAAUCUGUAUGUAGGGGCAAACACUACGUUACUGUGUGGUUUUCUGUAGACAAGUACCUUUCUUUAGAGAGCUUAGGUGUAGAUGCAAAGAUCUGCUUUGGAAAGCUUUUCAGUUGGCUGGCACCAUCUUAGAUACUCACUAAUACAGGAGAAAUAUCAAAGAAAAGGUAAAUGACUGGAAUUUGGCGUUUGUAGCUGAAAAUGAUUUUGAAGGAACAGUUAGAGAUAUGUAUAGAUUUGUUCAUGUAUGUGUGUGCUGAUGUUUGGUUUUUCUCUUUUACUUUUAGUUAUAUUCAUGGAAGAAAGAUGGUCUUUACUGAGGAAUAAUAUCUAGACCUAUGUGAGAAAUAUUGACACAUUGUAGCAUGUUUUCAACAGGAACAGUUUGAAAUCUAAGACCAGUAUCUCAUCACAUGCAAUGACUGUGGCCUACAUUAGAUGUAUAAAACAGCAUAUGAAAAGGGAAUUUUAGAGAAAGUAGAAUAUAAUCUAGAAGGGUUUAUGGAUGUUAGGAUGAGAGAGACUAGAAUGGAUUGCAUAAAACCUCAAUAACUUUACUAUAGGCAACCUUUAUAUGCACAGAUCUUACUAAGUUACGUGUACAAAUUAAGAAAAACACUUAAAGCAUGGUCCCCUGAGAGGCCAAGAAAGUUUCCGGUUAAGUUGUUCUUCAUGUUCAUUAAGAUUUACCACUUACAGCCUAAUUUUGUUUGUUUGUUUGUUUUGGUUUGUUUUUAAUUUAAUGUAAGACUGGGGGAGGGAUAGAAGUAUGAAACGACAGAAUUCUCAGGAAACAUAUCACUCAACUUCUUGCCAAAAAGUCAACACCUAAAGAAGCUCCAAAAAUAAUUUCUGAGUAGAGGAUGGUAUUCAUUGAUUGAUAACUGUAAAAAUUAGAGCAUCAAUCAACCAUCUUUAUUACUUUUUUAUAAAAAAAUAUCAUUUCCUGCCUCUAGUCAAAGUAAAUUAUUUAGUGUUUAAAUGUUCACAACUUUAUACAAGGUGUGUAAGUGCAAUAUGUAAACAUGUGUGAAAUCAUGUUAAAAAUGAAAUAUAGUAAUACAGCUAAGAAAAGUGGCUUUUGGAAUAUGAAUAUCCAGUAAGUUAUGGUCAGUAAAUUCUAAGUCUGGAAAAGAGAUAUAUUAAUUUUCCUAUAAAAUUAGCUGACUCCCAUGACUGUGGGAAUACAGUACCAUGUAUUUUUUUACAGUAACUGGGAUUCUUUACUUCCUCCACCAACUACUUGGCUUUACCACUCCUUUCUACCUUAGCUCUUUCCGCAAAAGUUAAGAAAUGGGGUUACUUACGUGAGGGGUGGAAAAAGAAUCGCCUCCCCCGUAGUAUAUUUUAAAGAUAACCUUGAUACGUGUUCCUGCCUGUCAUGACAAUUGAAGAUGAAAACAUUCAUAAGGUUCAUGAGUCAUUAAUGGGCUAAAACCACUAAAUUUUCUUUUACAUGUAACCAGUUCUUAAUGCCAAUAACGCAUUUAUGACCAACCUUCUUCAUAAAUGCUACCGGAAACUUUAAGGCCAAAAUAUAGUGUGCAGAGCUAUUUUUUUAACCCAGAUAUAGUGGAACUUCCUCUAUACUAAAGAAGCAGCUACAUCAAGGUUUCUAAGUUUUGUGGCUGCUUUUUAUUGUAGCUUAUUUAUACGUGUAAAAAAGGAGGGGGGCGGGGGGGAGAAGACGUUGCCUCUUGCUUUGGUGUGAUUUUAUUAUAAGGGCUCUGAUAAUUAGGCUGAUAGAAGUUGGCUUGGAAACAGUGCUUAGUCUCACAUGUUACCAUUGUCUGGAGAUGUCUGAGCUAUUUUCAGAUUUAGUAAUAGCACAGUGUUGUCUUGUCUUUGGUUGCAGUCUCACUUGGCUCAGUUUCUUGCACCACUGGAGUGUUCAUUACCACUGAAGUGUAUUGGAACAACAGAGUGAUGCAAGAUGUGUAGAUUAACAAUAGAGGAUGGAUUGUGCCCUUGGUGUUAACAAUGUGCCUUUUGUUACCAAUGCCAUGUUGUAGGGCAUGCAUCUUGGCCUCUUUAACCCUUUGAAUACUGGAUCGUAGGGAUGAAAUCUAUUUUUAAACGCCGUACCUGUUUUAAAACAUCCUGUAGAUUAUCGAGGCCUUAACAGAAACAAUAAGGCAAUCACACUGCUGGGGUGGAAAGGACACUCUGUUCUUGUAGGACGUCUCACUAAGGGGUUAAAGACGGCCCUUCCUCAUUGGUUGUACUUCAACAUCAAAUUGAUUUUUUUUUUUAAACGAAUUUUUGUUACGGUAAUACUAGACAGAAAUCAACUGUAUUUGUAAAAAUUUACCUCAGACUCUUUAGUUUUAUAGUGUGAUUUAAUCCCAGGGCAUUUGGUAUGAACCAAAGUGCAUUCCUUUUAUAUGUGCCUGGCUCUUAUAAAGGUGGCCAGGGAUUUUUACAAUUUGGGUGCAAGGCACUUAAGCCACUUUUAACUUGGUGGGUGGUUUGAAGUUAUAAAUGACUUCAUGAGAACGUUGGAAACACUUUAGACACAAGUAGCAUUGGGCAAUAUUAGAAUCUUUAGGAAAGGUGUGCAUUAUUUAAUGCUCUCCAUAUUUUUAGUAUUUUUUUCCAUCGAUAUUUGUGAUAAGCACCAAACACUUUCUCUUUUUCCGGUUGGUAAAGAUUAGAAUAUUGCCCAGUUUAACGCUACGGUAGCAUUUAAAUAAAACAAAAACAUUUGUGAAUUAUUGUUUUGAGGGGCUUGUACAUCUCUGCUACAAAUUGUAAUUACUCAGUUCGACUGCUCUACAAUGACGUCUAAGCAGUAGCUUGGGGUUUUAUUGGGCAACGACUUAGACACGUGACUGUAAUAUGCUGCAACUGUGUGUACUGAAAACAUGUGAAAAACGAUUGAAUGUGGACUGUGUAUAUAUGUAUGUAUACUUUUCUGUGAGAUGCUGCUGUUGCCACUUAACAUUAAAGAUGUUGUAGUGGGGUUUUAAUCCUAGUGGCCAGUUUUAUGAUACUGUAUGUAUUGUACAGCUGAUGACAGGAGUUAAGACUGUUCUAGUGAAUAUUUGUUACAUUUUAUUGUUGUGGCCAGAGAUCAUUUCAGAAUAAAAUUUUAUGUCCUACUUUA